GCACCAACAGAAGGCUCGUUCGGAUGGUUGAAAACGGGCCUCGUUUUUAUGGUUCCGAAAGAAAGUCAUCUUCACAAGCAGCAAGCAACAUGGAAGACGCUGAAUUAUUUCAGGAGGGAUGCAGGGGCCUCUAUGAACAAUUUAACUUCACACAAGAACUGCGGCCAACAAAUUAGCAAAAGGCAGUGAGAACAUUUUAAAUGUGAAGCAUAAGGUUCCAGCCACAGACAGGAAACAAAAGGGGAAUCUGAAUAACUGCCCCAAUUUGUGCUCGCUUCCCCCACCCCAGCCUCCAUCACCUGGAUGAUAACCCUGAUAAGUGGUUUAUUUAUAGACAAGGAAUUCCAGGGUUGCAAGAUUUUCUUCUUGGCACUGAAGAUUUUAAAACAAAAUGACAAUCUUCAACAGUUCCCGUUAAUCUGCUCACAAGAAUUAUUCGCAAUCAGCUUCAAUUCAGAAUUCUAAUGUACAAAAGAAAUCUCAUCAAUGUGAGAAAGCUCGCCAUCGUUUUCUUCUUUAAUUGGAAAUGGGUGUCGAUUGAAGAAGUUUCAAAUGGAAAGUGAUUAUUGCAACAUUCCUCCACAGCGUUGCAACAUGUCAACAGGGAUGACAACAGGUUCACGGCACAGAGCAUUACACAGUGACAUUUCAUCCCAGUCAUGUAUGGUGUCUACAAAAGAGAAGCCGCAAGGUAAUGUAUCUUCUGCAAAAAAUAGUGCCACGAGAAAAAGACAGCAAUUUUUUAGUAAUCCUAACCCUUGGAAAGAUAAAAUGAACAGCUCUGAAUCUCCUAAGAAGGGUAAUAGAGGACCCUGCCACUCUGUACAAUAUGGCAAUCCUCAGCGAACUCUGUUAAACACUAAACAACAACACAGAACAGCGACCAUCAAUAAUACUGCCAACGGCAACUUUGAGCAGGUGUCAGAUGAAGACAGCGUUUAUGAGAAUUUGGAUACAUAUUGGCAUCAGGCACGCUUUCAGAGAUGUAAUGAUAAAACAGUCACCUACACAACUCCAUCUGAACUUUUCGUUAGUGAAGAGAAAAGAAAGACACUGAGUAAAACCCAAAUGCAGAUGGCAGAUUCUUCAAACCCACAGCCACCACCGCUCCCUGUAAAGUUUCGAAGGCAAAGGUUUGCAGCUGGGAUGAGUGGAAGCAUCUCACAUUUGGACUUGAGCAGUCCCUGUUCGCAACAGCAAAUCUCAACUUCACAAGACUCUGCAAUAUUCAACUCAGAAGAAUCCACCAGUAGCAUAGACUCAGACUGCAGGAUCUAUGUUAAUCUGGCAGAAGUCCAUUCCAGAGCAACACCCAUAAAGACUCUCCAAAGCGUGAGUGAAGCUUUAAUGGCCUCCCAAGAAAAGUCAGUUGAUGAGAGGUCUCCUGACAACUCAAAGCCACCGCCCCUUCCAAAGAAGACACUCAGCAGGACCAACUCAGCUCCUGGUGAAAGUCAGCUUGGUUUAACAAAAAGUCUUCCAGCGUCUCCUGGCUUUCAAAUAAGUAACCCACUGUAUGGUAUCUAUGAUGGAAAAAAGAGUUUCAGUACACCUAGCAGUCCAAUGAACGCUGAUGAAAAAUUCAAUCUUCCAAUUCAUGCCAGUAGUAGAAGGGCAGGAAUGAUAAAAUCCCGGAGUCUGGAUGGAGCUGCCGGCUACUAUUAUGUCAGCAAUUCUCAAGUAGAUAUAGAGAAGUUGAGCUUUUGCAGUACAGAUCGGGAAUUACAGAAGUGGUGUAAUUUUGAAAAUCAGGCGGACAUUUUCAAAACUCUUGCCAGCCGGUGUGUGACGUCGCUGAAAUGCAUUUGUGCGAAAUACAGCUCUUUCUUGAUGGAUGACAAGAAGGCGAAGAUAAAGUUUACUGAGAAGGACUGGCCAGACCUCAAGCUGCCAUGCGACAAACCCUGUUGCGACUCCAGAGAGGCCAUUUACUAUAGACUCCAGUACACACUGCAGCCAGAGAAUGAGUUUGCUUUAAAGAUCAUCAAAACUCUGAACCAAGAAGCCCUGCAGAUGCAGCCUUGUGGCCUCUCCGUACAGGAAAGCCUCCCUUUCCAUUUCAAUGUACAAAUGGUGUGUGGCCAUUUUGUUGCCAUGAUUCCAACAAAACUUUUGCUUUCUGGAGAUGCGGCCUUGAGCUCUGGUGAUUUGGAAGUGGAAAAGAACAAGUCUGAGCCAGAUGCUGAGGCAGAAACCUCUGAAACCCAACCAGACAAUAAUAUAACACAAAGGCCUCAAGCUGUGAUCAUUACACAGGAGGUUCCCUAUCAAACCAUGGCAGAUUUUGUAAAAGAUUCAGUGGCUCUCCAUGAGUCCCAGGCAGAUGUCUAUGAACGUCAAAUAUGUCUUCUCCUUCUGCAGUUGUGUCUAGGAUUGGAACACUUGAAAAAUCAUAACGUUACACAUUGUGACCUCCGUCUGGAAAACCUCCUGCUGGUUAAGGUGGCUGAGCCAAGAUGCAAAGAACAAAGUACUAAUCCUCAGCUGCCGAGACUUAUUAUCAGCAACUUCUCUAAAGCUAAACAAAAGAGUACAGCAAUUGAUCAAAAACUACACCCAGAUCAGGUCCGAUUAGCACCUGAAAUGAUGUCUGCAUCCCAGUACAAGAAGGUUGAUGAGUUUCAAUUGGGCAUUUUGAUCUAUGAGGUGCUACACAUGUCAAAUCCUAUUGAGAGCAUUUCAAGCCAAAAGCAUUAUGAAGAAUACAGUACAGGAGACCUGCCUCAGAUUCGCCUGUUAUCUAUUUAUUCUGAAAGGCUUCAACAUCUUGCCCACUUACUCUUAUGUGCAGAUCCUAAUAAAAGAAUACAUAUCAGUCAAGCAAAACACAUCUUACAGGCCUUACUUUGGGGCCCAGACCAGAAUGUGUUCAGUCUGAACACUGGAUUCAAAGAUCCACCUCAGUUGCUGAAAAACUGGUUGGACAUGAAACGCAUUUUGCUGAUGCUGAAUUAUGGGGAAAGGUUUCUAAAUGAUGAGAAGCCAGUAAAACUGGAAGACUGGCUUUGCUGCCAGUAUUUUGCAUUUGCUACUCCUAACUCAGUGUUUCAAGCAGUAGGGGGGCUACAGAUUCUACUGGAAGAAGGGUGUUGAAUAAGAAAAUGAAACCAAUACAAGUGUCCAUUGAUGAAUGCAGCUUAUACGCCAAAUAAUAGACUGCCAUUUUCUCUUGCACAAGAACAACAGAACUUAUAGUUAUACAAUGUCAAGUUAUAUAAUAUAUCACAGGCAGAGUGAAUUUGAUUAAACUGCCUAAAGCUUUAUUCAGACACUUAUAUUCUAUGAAACAGCAAUUGACUGGAUGUAUUGUGAAUGAUGAAAUGUAACUACCAUGCAAUAACCUAUUAAGAAGUAGUUCCGAAGAAUUUCCAAUCUUUCCCUAGGUUAACUCAUCAUCCUGUGAGGUACUUAUCCAUACAGAUCUCAAUUUUCAAAACCAUGGGCUAGGUUAACUGAUCUCAGUUAGGACUAUAUUCAAAGUAUGAUGAAAGCCCCCAGAAAGAUAGGAUAAGAUCAGGCAACAUUCCCAGUGCUGAUAGCUGUUGACAAAAUUUGCUGUGAAUUCUGUGCAUAUAUAUAUUGGCUAGUGGCAGAUGCUGUUGUGAUGCAUCCUAAGGCAGUUGACCUAACAGCAUUCACUCUAUGGACUCCAAUGUAAACAAAAUGAUUUACAUGUGUGAUUAGAAAGUUGCCAGUAUUCAUUUAACUAAAUGUGCCAAAUGAACGUACAUGCAUUCAUAAAAAGAGCACAUUUCUUUCCAAAUCUUCAGGUUUGUUUGUUAAAGUAUAGCAUAAAAUCAAGUGAAUCUUUGGUUAGGCCAUCAUAAUUCUUUGAACCUGUGCCAAUACCAAAGGUCAAUAGGGUAAAUGCUCACUAUUGUCGUUCCCUACCACCCAUCUUUAACAAAUAUAGUUAUAUAAAAUGAUCAAGUCUUCUCAUACACUCAGUGAUUUCCACUUUAGCUUGCUGCACCCAGAUAAUAACUAUUGUAAGAUAUUUGCACAAUAAGUAAUUGCACUAUCAGGCAUCUUGAACUCCAUCACAAUUAAUAACUGCAAAACUAAAAUAAGUGAAAAUUAAAGUCUUGAUUGAAAAGGCUUAGUCAGUCUGAUGUACAGUUCUUCAACUUGUGGUUUCAAAUAACAUUCAAAUUUUCUUUUAUGCACAUUCAUUGGAUGUGAGCAUCCAAUGAGGGCAGGAUUUGUGGCCCAUCCUUAAUUUUUUUUUGGUGAUGAGCUACCUUCUUGAACUGUUCCAGUUCAUGUGACGUAGAUACAUAAACAGCUGUUAGAAAGAGAGUUUCGAAUUUUUCACAUAGUGACUGUGAAGGAACGGUGAUAUCAUUCAAAUUCACAAUGUUGUAAGGAGUGCAUGCAGGAGGCGUUGCUCCAUGUGUCUUUAUUCUGCCCCUGUUCAAGGUGGAAGAGCUGCACCUCAUUGAUGGUACACACUGCAGUGUCUGUGCACAAUGUGAGGAAUGAAUGCUUAAAGUAGCUUUUGGGGUGCCAGUCAAGUCUUUUGUGCUGGAUGGUGUCAAUCUUGCUAAACGUCGUUGUAGCCACACUCAUCCAGACAAGUAGAGAUAUUCUGUCACCCUCCUGCCUUGUACCUUGUAGAUGAUGGAAAGACUCUGGAUACUCUGGAGGUUAGUUACUCACUACAAAGUUCCCAGCCUUUGCUCCAGUUGGACCUCCACAGGUUCUGACAGAACUAAUUUUUAAAAACUAAUCAUAACAUUCCCAUCAGAAUUCUACUGCCCAGCUGCAGACAGCAGUGGAACCUUAUGAUUAUGUAAUUAUUUAUUCUAUUGUUUGUACUUAUAUUUCAGGCAUUGUACAGCAGCACUAUUUUCAAAACAAUAUCUUUUUCUUGUUAUAAACUAGAUCUGCUAACAAUUUUUAAAAAUUGCAAAUAUUGAUUAGCAUAAAAUGUCCUUAACAACUGAAUUUCCAAUCAGACAAAUGCAUCCAGUUUUUUAAUAGUUAUGCAUGCUGAGAUUUGCUCAGUGAGCCUUACUAUGGAAUGCCCUGAAUAAAGGGGUGAUGGAAUUCAAUGCAAUUCGAUAAGGGAAUCGGAUAACCACUUGAGAAAAUUACAGGGCAAAGGGGAAAGAAUAAGGGAGAGGGACUUAGUAGAUAUGUCUUUCAAAGAGCUGACCCAGGCAUGGGAGGUCAAAUGACCUUAUUCUGUGCUAUUUAUGAUUUUAAAAUUCUCAAAUUUUUGCAUAGUUACACUGCCAGUUAAUAUAUCUGGACACCAAACAUUCCAUAGGAACAAUCUCUCUGAGAAACAUAAUCAUAAUAUGAACAGUUUUACAGAAUGAGGAAGAACCUGGAUCCUGCUGAAUAUUCAGUAUUCAUCUGACCAGAAAUAUCAAUAUAAAGCCAAUCCUUAAGGAUUUGUAAUAAUCUUAAUCCAACCUUGAAAUUCUCUUGAAGUUAGAAAGGCAGAUUUGCCAAUGUGAGUCACAUGGAAAAGUAUCAGGUGUCAGAAGUCAAUCAUAUGUAAAAAUCAACUGCAAUUUGAAACUUUCCUGUACAUCAAUUUUUUCACUCAAUCUGUUUCAUUAAUUAUGCUGUAAAUUAGAUUGCGGAUGUUCACUGUUUUCAUCUAUUUCAAAUAAAAGUCACAAGUGAUUAUUUAAGAAUA